AAAAAAAGAGCCACUGCUUCUCUCCUCUGGUCUGGUCUCUUCUGUUCAUCCACCACCACAGAGACCCACCAAAUGUACCAAAUUCCUCACAGAAUUUCCAUCCGACCCACCACCACGUCUCUCCGCUAUCUUUUUCUUUCUAUCCCACAACGCUUUGCUGCAGCAUUGCCAGGAGAAAGUUGCCUCAAUUGAGACUUACCCCAUCCUUUUAACGCAUGAUAUAAUGCCACCACUUUCACUUCUGCACUGCAGUGUAGGACAGAAAUCCGUGGCGAGACCACGUCCUCCUCCAGGAAAAAACUUUCUCCCCCUGCAGUCAAUAGUUUGCAUGCACAACGUGCCCCGUAUUAAAUUGGAUUAAAGCCCGAUACAUACAUAUUCAAUUGUCAAUCUGGGAGGUUGUGCUUAUUUAAAUUUGGGGAAAGUUGUAUUUUUAGAAGGAGGAAAAAGAAGGAAAAAGUGUCCAUAUUUUGUUCGGGUGAAGAAGAUUUUGGGACAAGAAAUUGAACGAUUUUCUGUCUCCGUGACGAGCUUGUGGGAAGCGCCGGCAGCAGACGGAGGAGAAGAUGAUGCCUCUAAUUGUCGAGAGACCAGUUGGUUCGUCUCGUAAAUAGCGGUGGAACGUGGUACGGCUGGUUAGUUGAGCUUCUUGCCCUGUAAAAUUGAAAACCCACCUUAGAACAAAUUCGUCCCUUGGCUGUCCUCCUCCCCACGGAAUCGUCCUUCGGGCAGGAUGAUAAUCAUUUCACAGGCGGAUGGAAGAACAUUUUUUACCUUGUUUGUCGUCGUCUUUUCCUUGCCGAAAGAAUCUCUGCAAGGUCCCAACGAGCGGCGAUUAUUGAGUGAUUUAUUUGACAGAUAUAACUCGUUAGAACGACCCGUAGCGAACGAGUCUAGUCCACUCGUGCUCAAUUUUGGCUUAACUUUGAUGCAGAUAAUUGACUUGGAUGAGAAAAAUCAAAUACUUAUAACGAAUACGUGGCUCAAUUUGGAAUGGAACGAUGUGAAUUUAAGUUGGAAUGAAAGCGAUUACGGAAACAUGACGAAUUUACGCAUCCCGCCACACAGGAUUUGGAAACCGGAUGUGUUAAUGUACAACAGUGCCGACGAAAAGUUUGAUGGCACGUACCCAACGAACGUGGUGGUGAAAAGCGACGGAAAUUGUUCCUACAUCCCUCCAGGCAUUUUUAAGAGCACGUGCAAAAUCGACAUCACUUGGUUUCCCUUCGAUGAACAAAAGUGCGAGAUGAAAUUUGGCAGUUGGACUUAUGACGGGGCUCAGCUGGAUCUGCAACUGAUCUCGGAGGAUGGCGGAGACAUAAGUGGAUUCGUUAAGAAUGGAGAAUGGGAUUUGAAAGGUCUUCCAGCUACGCGAACUGCGCAAUAUUAUGACUGCUGUCCCAGCCCGUAUGUCGACAUUACGUUUGUCAUUCACAUCCAGAGAAGAACUCUCUACUACUUCUCAAACUUGAUUAUUCCAUGUGUAUUGAUCGCGUCCAUGGCCGUUCUUGGAUUUACACUGCCUCCAGACUCUGGUGAAAAAUUAUCUUUGGGUGUCACAAUCCUGCUUAGUUUAACCCUCUUCUUGAACAUGGUGGCUGAAACGAUGCCGGAAACUUCAGAUGCCGUCCCACUCUUGGGUACGUACUUUAAUUGCAUCAUGUUCAUGGUGGCGUCCUCCGUGGUGUCGACGGUUCUUGUCUUGAACUACCAUCACCGCGCGGCGGACACGCAUGAAAUGCCGGAAUGGAUUCGCGUCCUUUUGCUCCAAUGGCUCCCCUGGCUUUUGCGAAUGAGUCGACCAAACGACCGAAUCACGCUGAUGACAAUAGCUGCCUCUGCGCAGACGCGGGAUGAAAUGCGCGAGCUAGAGAUGAAAGACAUGUGCUCACAAAGUCUCAUGGCGAACGUGCUUGACAUGGACGACGAUUUGCGCCCUACUGCUGGUCAAUAUGCGACGCAAGGGUAUCGAUUUGGUGGUUCGCAACAUCGCGCCCCAUUUGCCGGAGAUCACUGUCCGUUUCUGGGGCGACGUGAAGUCUCCCAAAUCCUUAAAGAGAUCAGAAUUAUUACAAAGAAGCUUCGUGAGGACAAGGACGACCUGGUGUUGACGAACGAAUGGAAAUUUGCAGCGAUGGUGAUGGAUCGAGUCUGCCUCAUUGUGUUCACCCUCUUCACCAUUGUGGCCACAAUCGGUGUCUUAUGUUCUGCUCCCAGGCCACUCUUAUCUUGAAAGUUGGUCAACUUAAUUUACGACAACGUCUUCUCUGGAACUUACUUCUGAACAAGAAGAAUUUCGAAUAAUUUUCGUGACGGAAUUGUUCUUUCAAAAAAUGAGUUUAAAUAGGACUUAAAUAUGUAUGUAACCGUUUCAAUAAUACUGUGAAAAUUUGUUGGGAUUUCCACGUUUUAUGGUUAAGACCUGAUAAUUUACUAAAUGGUGCGAAAAAAUGCGGAAAAAAUGGCACAGAUUUAAAUACCGGUUUUUGAUGAAACCUGGCAAAAUUGUGGGGGUACAUACUCACGUCGACAUCUCAACCUAACUCAAAUAGCAAAAUAUUUGCGAAAAAAAUUGGGUAAAUUUUGCAAGGAAAAAUCAGACAUGGUUUUUAACCAGCAAGUUUUGCGAAAUUUAGCAAAUUUUGUGAAAAUUAUGGAGGUACUCACGUCGGCGAAUUAUUUUGCGUCGCAACUCCAUAAUCGCGAAAUAAAAACAUGCUGGGUCAAUUUUGCGAAUCAAAAUCGCACAUUAUUUUUAACAUGAAAGUUUUGUAACACCAUGCAAAUUUCGUAAAAUUUUUGGCAAAUAUGCCAAAUUUUCGAACAGGUUUAAGUGAGUACCCCCCAAUUUAUGAACAUCUGUGUCCAUGAAAAUGGCUUAAUUUUCGAGGGGAGAGUUUUACCUUAUAACUUUAGCCUUCUUCUAAUGCCUCAUUUAUACUGAUUAAAUUUAUAUUUUAGAAAAUUUAAAAAUUUUAGAAAAUUUAGUAAAUAAUUCAAAUGACAAGAAGCUUAUGUAUUUCAUACCGUUUGUAGCUUACAUAUGUAUGGAAAUUUAGAAAGGUAAAAAUCUUGUGAUAAAAAACAUUGGAAAAAAAUCUCAUGGAAAUUUAUUACGUACAAAGUUUACUUUGUAAUUGUGUGUGUUUGUCUUGCCGAUUCAUGAUUCAGGGUGUAAUUAUAAAUGAUUCAAUAUUAUGCAUAUGACAAGCAGGUAGAAACGAUAAGUACGUCCAAAAUUGGAUGGGUUUUUCGCAUACAUCAAUAAAGCUAGAAAAAUACUUAAUUUAAAUAUGCAAAUGCAACGUAAUUAAGUAACUCAAUCAAAAAUGCGAUUAUAAAUAUCUAAGUACUCCAGAUAAUGAAUUGUUGCGAAUACAUAAAGUGUAGAAAUUAAAUGUGAAAUUACGUAUGUUUGAUUUAUAUAAUAAAUAAUAAUGUUUUUCAAAA